GUUUAACUUCUGAAGGUUCUAUAAUUAACAGAAGAAAGAAAAUUCAAUGGAGUGUGUAGUUCAAGGAAUCAUUGAGACACAGCAUGUUGAAGCGCUUGAGAUCCUUCUUCAAGGUCUUUGUGGUGUUCAACGCGAACGCUUGAGAGUUCAUGAGCUUACCUUGAAAAGCCUCCCUAAUCUUGGAUCUGUAUCUUCAGAAGUUAGGCUCUUAUGUGAUCUUGAUCAAGCAGAGCCUACAUGGACUGUUAAACAUGUUGGAGGUGCGAUGAGAGGUGCAGGAGCUGAUCAACUCUCUGUUAUGGUAAGAGCCAUGAUAGAAAGUAGAGUCAGCAAGAACGCUCUCCGCAUGUUCUACUCCCUCGGUUACAAACUAGACCACGAGCUUCUCAAAGUUGGAUUCGCUUUUCAUUUCCAAAGGACAGCACACAUAAGUGUCUCUGUGUCUUCGGUCAGUAAGAUGCCUAAGAUUCAUGCCAUAGAUGAGGCUGUUCCUGUAACUCCAGGGAUGCAGAUUGUUGAUGUAACGGCUCCAGCUACACCUGAGAAUUACAGUGAAGUUGCUGCUGCUGUUUCAUCCUUUUGUGAAUUUCUCGCCCCGCUUGUGCACUUGUCGAAACCGUUUAUAUCCAUGGGUGUUGUGCCGACUGCUGCUGCGGCUGCUGCAUCUCUUAUGUCAGAUGGAGGUGGCACUACUUUGUAAGAACUUGCAAAAGUGAAAAACAAGUGUUUUCUCAUGUUAAUAUCUUUUUUGGUUUAAUGCAGUAAACUUUUCACAUAACACAAUGGUUUUAAUGUGAAAACUUGUGAACCAAUAGAAAGCUCUUCAAAAAUUACAACUU